GCAUGCCCCGAGCUUGUUGUGCACCAUACACCAUGGUGUUAUUUGUGCAGACAGCACUUCAGACAGCAGUACGCUGUAGUCGACAAACAUUCAUUUUGGUGAAGUGCGGGACAAGGGGGGUGAUGCCGCCUGCUGUAGUCGAAUUGUAGUGUGUGGGCGUGUAGUUCAGUUGUGAGCACGCAAACGUGCUGCAGGGAUUGUAGGUGUACCUCCUUGGGCUUGUGUACCCUUUUCUUGCUAAUAGCGUGUUCUUUAGAUCUUCUGAUGGCUUUAGCAUUUUUGUGACCACGGGCCGAGUCUUUGCUAGAUUUUGGGAUUAGCAACUGACACGAGUUUAAUGUGAAGAAAAACAACAACAACAAUGAUAUGAGUGUUUGUCGCCAGGCGCCCUGGCAAGGGCGGUGGCAACACGCCGCUCUCAGCUACCAGGGGUACAUCUUCGUGGUAGGGGGGUGGCGGGAAGGGCCCGGGUGCCUCAAGGACGCCUGGCGGUCUGCCGACGGAGUGCGGUGGACCAAGACGUGCUCGAACACGCCCUGGGGCGGUCGGAUGUUCCACUCCAUGGUGGAAGCGAAUGGAGCCAUGUACGUCUUGGGAGGCUCCGACGGCCGCCAGAAGCUCAACGACGCAUGGGUUUCCACUGAUGGCAGGGAUUGGAACCUCGUGACCCACGAAUGUCAGUGGAGCCCCCGCAGCGGACACGCCUCCAUCUGUUUCGAGAACUCCCUGUACGUGAUUGGGGGCGAGGGCAGCAACGGCAAGCUGAAAGACGUCUGGCGCUCCGAAGACGGGGCACACUGGACGAGGAUCGAGGAGGAUGUCCGUGUGGCGAGGCAGGGUCACGCCGCGGUUUGCCACCAGCGGAGAGUGCUCGUUCUCGGCGGAGUUUCUGAGGGGACGGAGUUCAUGAACGACUGCCUAGCCGAUACCCCCGGUGCGAUACUCAACAACGGUACUCUCGUCGUGGGUGGCGGGGCCGCGUUGCGGAGGCCAAGCUACGGCGGCGGGGGAGGGAGGGGCAGCGCCACCUCCUUCGGGUACGCCGAGGGCGGCGGUGGCGGCGGCGGCGGGAGCGGCGCGGCUCUUUCUCGCCGCCCGAGCAGCCGCGCCUCCAGACACCAGUCGAUGGAGGAUGAUCUCUGGGGAUGGUUUGGAGACGACCGUCCUCCGUCGGAGACCGCCCUCCACGCCAUGGCAAGAGGCGAUGCGGCGGAAUCCGCCGCCGCCGGCGGUAUCGGUGUCAACGGGUCGGCGGCGGAAAACGCUGGGGUGACGGUCAGCACGCUGGCGCUCACGGAGCGCCUCGCGAAGCUCUCGGCGGGCCGCGUGCUGCUGGACCGGGUGAGGGCGGACACGCGCUCCCUCGCCUCCGUUGUCACGUCCGCUGUGCACAGCGCGUUUCUCGGUGAGGGGGUGGCCGCCGCCGCCGCCGCCGCCGCCGCCGCGGUGUCGGGAAAGGCGGUGACGGCGCAAGUAAGCUGUCCAGCUACUAGAGCGGUCCACUUCACGGCGGGAUGCUCGCCGCCCGGGGGGAGACAGCGGCUACGGUCGGGAGCGGAGGCCGGCUCUGAGGCGAAGCAAAAGGAGGACGAGGACGAGGACGAGGAGGAAGGCAAAGAGAGCGGGGAAGAGGUGGCCUCCUCCGUCGACGAGAACGGGUCUAGCGGAGCGUCGGGGUUAGGGCUAGCCGCCGCCGCGGAAUCGACCGGAGACGACGAGAAGAGCGGGGGACAAGCCGGUGGCCUUCGUCAGCGGGUGGUGGAAGCGAGGGCCGAGAUCGAGGGCCUUCAGAGGGAGAUCAGGCGGCUAGUGCGCGGGGGCGGAGAAGGGGGGCAUGCGGAAGAGACGAGAGCGCGGGUGGCGCCGCUGGUGGAGCGGAGGGCGGUGCUCGCGCCGGCGGCUCGAGCAGACGCCGAGAGGAUGGCGAAGCGUUUGCAGGAGAUUUCGGAGGCGCAGCAGUCGAACCACUCCAACGUGGACUCGGCGAUGCGGGAAGUGGAGCGCCGCGCCCGGACCGCCGGCGGCCGCGUGUGGGCGCUCAUCCGCGGGCAGAGUCGGCAGCACUCGAGCCAUGAUGACGACGACGACGAUGACGAAGGAGACGACGGCAACGACGGCCUUAACCCCGUCACCGAGGGCGGCGGCAGCGCCGGUGCAGGAGGAGGAGGAGGGGGAGGGGAAGCGACGGCAUCGACGAGAACAGCAGGCGGCGGCGGCGGCGGAGGCUUGUUUCCGUCCGAGCAUGAUGGCGGCGGCGGCGGUGACGCCGCGGCGCCAGAGUGGGUGCUGUCGCGGCUGGAGCUGACGCGCAUGCGGCGGCGAGGCUCCUUCUUGGAUGGCGAUGAGGUUGGACCCGUCAGGGCGGCAGCCGCGGGUGCGGAGGCGGCCGCCGUUUCCGCCGCCGCCGCCGCCGCCGGCGAAGCAAGCACGGCUGACUCUUUCGGGCACCUGGCGAGGCUCGCCUCCGUGGACGGCGACGGCGACCGGCGGGACACCGACGAGGCGGUGUCGGAACUCCGAGACGCCAUGGAGCAGCACUCGGCGGCGCUCUCGCGGCUGGCGGGGUGGAUGUUCAAUGUCGCGCCGCCGCCGCCGCCGCCGCCGCUGCCCGCAGGCGGCAGCGAAGCCGGCUUGAUGGCUGCUGCUCCGAUGGAAAACCAUCCCGCAGCGGUAGGAGUCGAGGCGCACGGCGAUUUGCCGUCGCCGUCUUGCCCGGGCCCAAGCGGCGAAAGCGGGUUCGAGGUCGCGGGGUCGUCGAGCGAGGAGGAUGGGGUGAGGGCGAUGCUGGAGCUGUCUCGAGAGUCGGACGUGCUCGAAAGCCGGGUCAAGCGGGAGCGCUUCAAGGCCCACCGUGCAGCAGAUGAGGAGAUACACCGGACCCCCGAGAUGUACAGGGAGGCGUGCGCGCUCGGGAAUGCUCUGAUACUCAAGGGGCACGACUACCUAUCUCAGGCGCUAGCCGAAGCCGGCCGCGAUUCCGCCGAAGCUUCCAUCAUGGCAGAGGAAGCCAGCGCUUGGGCGGGGACAGUGGGCGAGCUUGUGGACGCGGAAGGCCUUGCCGCUAAGGGUCUGGCCCUCAAGGCCAAAGUCGAGGAGCUGAGAAACAGCGUGCUCGACCAGGAGGAUGUGGUGACCGACUGUGAAGGGGCCUUGGACAAAAGGCGAAGGAGGGGCGCCAAAGCCGACGAGCUCGAACCGCUUCAGGCGGCCUUGACCUCCGCCGAGAAGGCUGCACGGCGCGCGAGACGGGCGGGAAGGAAAGCAGCGGCGAAUGCGGCGGCCCUGGCGCACGGUCUAUCUCCGGAGAUUGCUCUGGACCUCCCUGAGGCGCUCAAUCCCUUGAUCGGGAGGCAGAAGGUGGUGCAAGAUGUAAGCAUAGCGGAGAUCGACCUCCCCCUCCGGCGGCUGAAGGAGUACGAGGCCGUGAGGGCCAUGGAGGACGAGGGCUCCACGGGGGGGGGUCAGGGCCGGCAUCGCAUCUUCCUGGCGGAGUACGACGACGAAACCGUCGUCCUCAAGGGAUACGCCCUGGUGAACGCCCUCCAGAGACGCAGCCUAGAGCGGGAGCUGCACAUUUUGGACCGGGUUCGACAUGGGGCCAUAAUCAGGGCGGGGGCAAUCGUCGAGGAUGACGGUGGAAAUGAGAACCCUAUCCCCAUGCUCUACAUCGAGGCCCGACCCAGACAGCCGUGGGAGCUGCAAGAGGCCUUUCGACAGGUUAUGUGCGCCGUGAUGCACUUGCACGAUUCGGAUGUCAUCCACAAGGAUAUCAAGCCGGGGAACAUCCUAGUCCACGCGGAUGGCCGCUUCCUCUUGGCGGACUUCGAUGUCAGCAAAGACACUCUGGGAUCGAACGCCUCGGCGACGCCCGCGGGGGGGGCGCGCGGAGCGGAAGGCGGCGGGAGGGGAGAAGACGGCGGUGGUGGCUCCACCCCCGAGGCCGGGGAGGAGGGGGGGUUCCGUGGUGGCACGAUGGAGGCGGAGACCACCAGAACGAGCUUUGCCGGGACUAGCGGAUUCAUGGCCCCGGAGGCUGUCCGGGAGGGGAGAGGUGCCCGUUCGCCUGACCCCUACUUGGUAACCGGCGUGAGACACGGGGCCCCUCACGUCUCGGCUUCGACAGGCCGCGGAUCGUGGUUGGGAGGUGGAAUCCGGAAGGCCCUCCUCGCUAGCCUCGGACAUGUACAGCCUGGGAGCCGUGCUCUUCCACAUGCAUUUUCCCCGACCAUCCCACCGGCCCGCUUCCCCGUAGCGGAGGGGGGGGGGGGGGCGGCGGCGGGCGGUGGUGGUAGUGCAGGCGUUAUCCCUCGGAGUGCCGACGUGGCGACGGCGGAUUUGCUUAAGGCGCUGCUUGCGGCGGACCCGGCCCGGAGGCCGAGGGCGUCGGAUGCCCUCCAGGCAAAAUACUUCCGGGUUUCCCACGUGUCGAGGCUUCAACAAGACGGGGCUCUGCUGGAACAGACCCGCAAGCUCGAGGCCGUUAGGGUUCUGUUCCGCACCGUGCGGGACGAGGCCAAGCCGAGCGGUCCUCUCAAGUGGACCGUGAAGCGGGACAGCCGGUACCUCGUGCCGUCGGUGAUUCGGCUGGUGAGGACGGAUGCGGCGGGAUCUGCUCUCCGGAGGGCGCUCAAGAUCACCUUCCAGGGGGAGGCCGGGGUGGACGAGGGAGGGAUUCUCAGCGAGAUGUACACCCUUCUGUUCGAGGCCAUGAUGCUGCCGAGGUUCGGGCUGUUCGAGAACUGCGACUCCCCCCCCCCGCCAACCGCGGAGCCCCUCGGCCGGCGGCCUGCCAAGGACCCUACCGAGAAGUCCUUCGCCCCGCGGUUCAGCGGCGCUGUCGCCGGCGCCGCGGCUAACGGAGCGGCAAGCGUUGUUGACGACCCCGAUGACGUUAGCAGAUUCGGCGCCUACUUGGAGCCGAUAUCCGGGAGCGUCGAGGAGCAUGUGGAGGAGGAGGAGGAGGAGGAUGAUGAUGACGGCGAUAGCUUUGAGGCUCGGCGAGAGGCGGAGCGGUCGGUGGUGGAGGGGGCCGCCGCCUCCGGCGCGGGGAGCGGGGAAGGGAGAGCGGUGUCGGUGUCGAAGAUGUUGCCGACCGCGAGGCCGGGCGGCUACUCGGACGCCCAGCUCGGGAGGUACCGGGCCAUCGGUAGACUGAUGGUCAAGUGCUUGCUCGAGGGCAGAAGGAUCGGCAGCCGCCUGGCGCCGAGCGUGUUCAAGUUCAUCACUGGGACGGACACGACGCUGCGGGACCUCCAGGACUUCGACUCUCAAAGUUUUGAGAGCCUCAAGUGGAUGCUGGCCAACACCGGCAUGCGAGAUAUGGGCUUCGACUUUGAAGACGUUGGCCUUCCUGACAAGGGCCCCGUCACGGACGGCAACAAGGCCGAGUACGUGUCGGCCAAGGCCCGCCUCAUCCUCGUCGGGUCGAGAAGGCCUGCCCUAGAGGCGCUCAAGGCUGGAUUCGCCGAGGCUCUCCGAGACCUUUCCCCGGGGGCAGCGCUCUUCGUCGAGUUGCUGUCGCACGCUGAUUGGAGGGUCUUGCUGUGCGGGGAGGAGCACGUCAGCGGACCGCAGGGGGGUGGGGGUUUUCCCUUGGUAGGGGUUCCGGGUUGGCAGGGGGGUCCCCACUGGGGUAAAGUUUUUGUUCUUCUCCUUCCCGGAAGACCCCUUGGGACGGUUUUUGUUUUUGGUGUGGGGGACGCCUUGGUUCCGGGUUCCUUCCGCGGGCAAGUUGGAGAUCACCGUGCGCUGUCAGCCCAGGUCGGCGGCGCUCCCCGCGGCCCACACGUGCUUCUUCCAGCUGGACGUUCCAGACUAUGACAAGGAGUCCGUGCUGCGGCACAAGCUGCUGCAGGCCGUCAACAACACCGCAUCGUUUGACGUCGUAUGAAAAAGGAUUCGGCGCUGCGGCACAAGCCGCUCAGGCUGUCAAUCAUAACACCGCAUCGUUUGAUGUCGUAAAAAAAAAAAAAAAAAAGUGUAGGGCGCACAGCUGCUGCAGGCUGUCAACAGCGUUGCAUCGUUUGACGUCGUAUGAUUGCAACAAGAAACAGUUGUGUUUUUGGUAGAAAUCGAAAAACAGGUUUCGACCACAAAGUGGCGUUUUCUGUGCGCUGGAUCUCUCCCUCUGCAUACUGCGCCCACGGUCAAACGCCGCCCU